CUGGAGCCUCCACGGGUCGGGCAUCGGGCGGGGAGGGGACCUGACCGGGGUCCAAAGUAACCAGCCUGCAGUUCACCUUCCCUGCUUGGCACCCUGUGUCCACCGGCCCAAGGAGGAAGAGGAAGACCAGCUCUUCCUCGCCCUCUUGCAGCCCAGUCCUGCCCCCGCCGGGACCCCGACAUCCCCGCUUCCUCGCUGGGGCGAAGACUUCGACAUCCGGCAGCUGCAGAGGUCCUUUUCGGCCAGCCUCUCCCCGCAAGGAGAAAUCCUGCUGGGACAAUACCUCCACGGCUGGAGGCAGCUGCUCAAGUUGACGGAGGCGCUGGGCCCGGCCUUUGGCCUGAUCUCCCGGGAGGCCCGGUCCAAGAUCAGCAUCAUGCAGUGGUACCGGGAGGGACCUCAGGCACCCCACUACCACACCGUGCAGUCCAUGGUGGACUUCGAGCUGUCCUCGGGCUUGGUGGGCUUCCGGUCCUUGCCGGCCCGACUGCCUCCCUCGGGCUGCCGGACGCUGCUGCGCCUCCACCGCACCCUGAAGUGGCUGGAGCUUUUCCUGCAGAGGCUAGGCACCAGCCGGGAAGACGAGAGCCCCUCCCGGAUGUGUGCCGAGGCCUACCGGGUGGCCCUGGCCCCCUACCACAGCUGGUGGGUGCGGCAGGGGGCUGCCCUGGCCUUCCUGGCUCUGCCCUCCCGCCAGGAGCUGUACCACACCAUCGUGAGGGCGGAGCAGCGGGCAGCCGGGCCCCUCGUCCUGACCACGGUGGAGAGCCUGCGCCGGGUGUACAACGUCACCCAAGAGGUCUACUCCGCCCAUGGGAUGCUGGACCUGCCCUGAGGACGCCCAGCCGGGG